AGAGGAAGUCUCCCUUCUUCAUUGUGUCUUGAGACCUUGAGAAGAAGAGAGAUGAAGCUCAGUUCUCUGCUGCUGUCGAUCGCCCUCAGCUGCUGCUCUGCCAAAGGUGAUCACCAUGACAACCCGCCCGCUGCUAUGAUGAUGGGCGCCGCCCAGUCUACCGACCAAGCUAAUGUCAGCCCCGCCCCCCGGCUGUCGGAGCUGGUUCAGGAUCAACAGUUGGACACGCUGUGGAGGAAGGAGGUCCUGGACCUGCUCACACAACUGGUCCUGGUCCAAAAGGAGAUGGCCCAGCAGCAGGUCCAAGUGGUGCAGCUGCUCAACGUGCUGGGAACUCAGGGCUCUCAGCAGAUCCUGGACCUGCAGAAAAUGGCUCGUCUUCAGAGUCUGCUGGUUGAGAACCAUCAAGCUUUACUUCUGCAAACGUCUCGCAUCUCUACUCAACUGCAGGAGAUCAACAGGAGACCUGCCUCCUGCCAAUGAAAUGCGCUGGUUCUUGACUUGCAGGCAAUGGGAUCCUCAGGUUCUCCACUAGCAGCCAAUGGGAUUCUCUAGUUCUUUACAGCUCCUCUGCUUAUGCACUCUAAUCAUUACUAAUGAUUUACAGUAUGAUGAUAGAUACGAACUUUAACGAAACAUUUAAUCAAAACUAAUUACAACAUCUAAGAAUAAAAUAAUUGAUUUCAAUGUUUCAUUAAAUAAAAGUGAACAUGUGUAUUCUCUUUGUCUUUUCACCUGUUAGGGACAUCAGAGGACCCUGACAGACAGGCUGGCAAUCAGCUUCUUUUUUUAUGAUGUGUUAGUUAUGUUCUGUUGGUUCCAUUAAUAAAUUAAAUCUGGUUUGAUUAUAUUUAUGGUGGUUAUUUGUCUGUCUACUGGAGUACAUCAAGUUCUGUGAUGGAUCUCUGAGACCCACGGGCCUAUUCUGGUUCUGUACAGCCUCCUGUGGUACUGUUUGGUGUUAGUCGCUGUGAGUGUGCUAAGAGGCUAAAGAAGACAUGAUGCUAGGCAGGUGAUACAAGGUUGUUUGAUCAUAUAUUAUUAUGAAAGCUCAAAAAAAAAAGACUAACUCUCAAUCGGGUAUGAAGGUAAACACCCUCCCGUCUGUUUUUAGGUGGUGCUCAGGUGUGCAGCUAGUAAUUGUAACCACACCCACCAUCACAGGUUUUGUAAUCAGUGCUGCAGAGAUAGACUGAUUUACCAUUUGUUUGUUUCAGACGAUCCAGAUCCUCCGUCCAUCCGCCUAAACUCCGCCUUCCUGGCAAACCAAACGGAGGUGCGUCUGACAGCCGGCUCUGCCUUCAAUCUCAGCUGUCAUGGCAAGCGUUCGAUGCGUUUGACCAGCACUUCGUUCCGUUUGUCCUACCGGGACAGACCACAGGACCCAGUGGUGGUCAGCAGGUCGGACCCCAGACACACCGGGACCUACUACUGUAGAUACAUCAACCAGAACCUGGAACACCUAGACACUUGGAUACACCUCUAUGUCACAAACUCAGCCGACCCUUCCAGCGUGUUUGUCACACCUUUCAUCCUUAGUCCCUCUGUUGAGGAGGGCAAGGACUUCCUCUUCAGGUGUCUGCUCACCGACCCGUCCGUCACGAACCUGACACUGCAAUCAGCAGGCAGUGAAGGGAAAAACGGCUGGGGCCUGCCUCGGGGAAUGAAUGUGACCUUUGACCUUAGGAGAGGAGCUCUGAUUCGAGACCUCCACAGGUCGUUCAGUGGACGCUACGUUUGUUUGGGCUGGAGGGACCAAAAGCAGUUCAGGUCCAAACCUGUCGAUCUGUUUGUGAUCCCAAAGCUCCGUCACCCUCCCACACUGUCUGUCAGUCAGCAUCAAACGGUCCGCCUGGAAGGAGAGAGAUUUGAGGUCACCUGUGUGACCAGCAACCCCUCCCACUUCUACAACCUCACUUGGACAGACCCAAACACAAAGAUUCUGAACGUAAGCCUCAGCCGUUGCUAUGGCAACGGCCGCCUCCACAUCAAUAGCACGGUGACAGUGUCUGCUGUCAGCCAGACGCACAGCGGGACCUACACCUGCACUGCUGUCAACGAGGCCGGGCUCGCCAUGGCCACCGCUCAGCUUAAAGUUCUGGACGGUCCCUACCUGAGGAUCUACCUGCAGCUAAGUGAAUCUGACACUCACACCAGAGGGCUUACCAAGGCCCUAGCUGCUAAUGUUAGCAGCAUGCUACAAGCAGAGCUAAAAGCUAACAUUAGCAUCCAUCAGCUGGGUGUGAAGGGGGAUAGCAGUAGCAACGUUAGCGGCACCAGCAAGCUGGAGGUGCAUGAAGGUCGAGAUGUGACAUUGACAUUCGUGAUCGAAGCGUAUCCUCCAAUCAGGAGCAAGCACUGGACAACAACAACAGGCGUCAAUAAGGACAACAACAACAUGAUGUACCGGGAGAGCUACACCGCCAACGGCUACAGGUCGGAGGCAAGCUUGUUGCUGAGGAGAGUUCGUCAGGAGGAUCGAGGUCAAUACUCGUUCCACUUUGACAACUCCUUCUUUGAUGGAUCGCAGAACAUCGAUCUCCGUAUCUACAAUUCUCCAGAAGCAGUUGUCAGUCUGGAGAACGACACGCUGACCUGCAGCAGUUCGGGAUACCCAUUACCCACAAUCCUCUGGUUCACCUGCCCCGGUUUGAAGGAUACGUGUGGAGUCAUCACCAACUAUCAGAUUACUCCUGCUAAUGUGACCUCACAGGAAGAGGAAGUGAGGUCACACCUGACCCUCCCUCUGUCCCAUGGGGAUUUCACCGUGGAGUGUGUAGCCUUCAACCACGUGGGAGAGUCUCGAGAGCGCUUUCACCAUCGCUCGGCAGGAGAAGAUCAACGGUUCUUCUCUCCAGCUCUGAUUGGGGCUCUGAGUGCCACUUUGCUCCUCCUCCUCCUCCUAUUGGUCGUGUUCUACAAGUGGAGACAGAAACCCAAAUAUGAAAUUCGCUGGAAGAUUAUUGAGUGCACGGACGGGAACAGCUACACCUUUAUCGACCCCAGCCAGCUGCCCUACGAACAGAAGUGGGAGUUUCCCCGAGACAAACUCCGCCUCGGUGCUGUCGUGGGUUCGGGGGCGUUUGGAAAGGUCGUUGAGGCGACCGCCUACGGUCUUGGAACCGGCGAUGCCACACGUGUCGCAGUGAAGAUGCUCAAACCGAGCGCUCACUCAGAGGAACGAGAAGCUCUGAUGUCAGAGCUGAAGAUCCUCGGCCACCUUGGUUACCACGACAACAUUGUCAACCUGCUGGGAGCCUGCACUCAAGGAGGUCCCAUGUUGAUGAUCACAGAGUACUGCAGCCAUGGGGACCUGCUCAACUUUCUGCGAGCUCAUGCUCAGGACUUCAUGGCGUCUGUUUUGAGUGUGGAUAAAGUGGAGGAGGAGGUCCUCUAUAAAAACAUGGCCACCCAAAACCCUCGACUGAGGAGUGACAGCGGGAUAUCAUGCUGUUCAGAUUAUCAGGAGAUGCAGCAGGGUAAGAGCCCAGGUUUGUCUGUUGAAGACCUCAUGAGGUUUUCCCACCAAGUGGCUCAGGGCCUGGACUUCUUGUCCACCAGGAAUUGUAUCCACAGAGACGUAGCAGCUAGAAACGUCUUGCUGACAGACCGUCGGGUGGCAAAGAUCUGUGACUUCGGUUUGGCGAGAGAUAUCCGCAAUGACGACAGUUACAUUGUACAGGGAAACGCCCGUCUCCCGGUGAAGUGGAUGGCUCCUGAAAGCAUCUUUCAGUGCGUCUACACCGUCCAGAGUGACGUCUGGUCUUACGGAGUCUUACUGUGGGAGACCUUCUCCCUAGGUAAGAGUCCGUAUCCAAACAUCGCCGUGGAUACCAACUUCUACAAGAUGAUCCAAGAUGGCCGCCACAUGGAUAAGCCAGACUUUGCUCCAGCAGAGAUGUAUCAGCUGAUGACGCUCUGCUGGAGCUUGGAGCCCACAGACAGACCGACCUUUAAGACGAUUGGUCAGCUCAUUAACAGGCUCCUCCCCUGCACCAUUGCCUCAUCGCUGCAUCACGGGGAGCAGUUAACCUACAGAAACAUAAAGGAGUGCAGAGAAGAAGAAGAGGAGGAGGAGGAGGAGGAGGAGAAGGAGGUCAGAGGAGGAAACACACUGAAGAGAGGAGAAGAGUGCGGCCAGAGAAAUUACCAUGACGGAAACGAAGCUGAUAAUGACAAGAAGGAGUCGAUGAUGAUGAACAUCUACCAGCUGUCAUGAUAAUCUCGUCCAAUAAAAACUCAGUGUCUUUGAAGAUGUUCAAAAGGAAACUUUAUUAACAAAUGUCCUGACUAUAAAUGUUUGUUCUAUAUCAGUAAAGCAACCAAAUCUAUUAAGGUGAAAAAAGAGAUUCAACCAUUUAUCACUAUAUUCUUUGUCUACGUUUCUGUUUUUUUGUUCAAUCUUUGCCUUAAAAAACUUGUGAUUAAACCAAUCUAUAAUUA